AUGGAGUUUGACCUGACUUUCAAUGUCGACCAGGAUUUGCACCGGCGGUGGUGGAAAUCACGACGGAAGCUGGGCAUUCUCGCUUACGGGCUGGGCUUGUGUCUUGGACUUUGGGUGAGCCUUGUUCGACGAAUUGGGUUUGACGAAUCGGCCGACUUGGAUUUAGCGAUUGGACUUGAGUUGGGGCUGGGAGUGAGCGCCGUUGACGGUGACGGUGACGGCGUUACUCAACUCGGUGUGGAGAAUAGUGCGCCGUCUAACGAUGGCGGAGAUGACGGCGUUAAGACGGCGAGGCUGCCUCGCUGGACGAGGCAAGAGAUUCUGGUGCUGAUUCAGGGGAAGAGAGUGGCGGAGAACAGAGUCCGGCGAGGGAGAGCGGCGGGUAUGGCGCUCGGGUCGGGUCAAAUGGAGCCCAAAUGGGCAUCGGUGUCGUCUUACUGCAGGCGUCACGGUGUGAAUCGCGGGCCGGUCCAGUGCCGGAAAAGGUGGAGCAAUCUCGCCGGAGAUUAUAAGAAGAUUAAGGAAUGGGAGUCUCAGAUUAAAGAGGAGACGGAGUCGUAUUGGGUUAUGAGGAACGAUGUUCGCCGGGAGAGGAAGCUUCCUGGGUUUUUCGACAAGGAAGUCUACGAUAUUGUAGAUGGCGGCGUGAUUCCUCCGGCGAUUCCGGCUCUAGCUCUUGGCUUGGCUCCGGCUUCAGCAUCGGCGGAGGAAUUGUUUCCCGAUUUAGAUCGGAGAGAACCGGCGACAAGUCCAGAUCAGUUGAAUUCGGCUCCAGCGCCCAAAUCAAUUCAGGAUAUUAUUAUUGUAGAGAAGGAGAAGGAAGCAGCUUGUAGAGCAGACCAAGGUAGAGUGAAAGAGAAACAUUCGGAAGAAGCAAACCCGGAAGCUGGAUCGACAUCACAAGAAGAGAGGAAGCGUAAACGGAAAUCAUCUGCUGGUGGUGAAAAAGAAGAAGAAGAAGAGGGAGAAACAAAGAGCAUGCAGAAUCAAUUGAUAGAGAUACUUGAAAGAAACGGGCAGUUAUUGGCGGCACAGCUUGAGGUUCAGAAUUCCAACUUAAAACUGGACAGAGAGCAAAGGAAAGAUCAAGGUGAUAACUUAGUCGCUGCUAUCAGCAAGCUCGCCGAUGCUGUGGCCAAAAUCGCAGAUAAGUUGUAG